AAGUGUAACAUUUGUUCAGUUUCAGUUUUUCCCGGGAACUCGACGCAGCGUGUUGUCUUGGCACCGCUGAGCCAGCGCCAGAGUCACAGUCAAAGUCAGAGAGCAACAGCCAGAGUCAGAGUCAAAUUCAUAGUUAAAACCAAGAGCCAUCGAGCAGACAAGGAGCCACCAUCCAGGCGUCAGAGCCGAGCUCAGCCUCAAAUAUUCUGCAAUUCUGCAUUUUCUGGUUCUUGCAAAAACAUUCAAUAAUUAUCUGGUUUUUUUUUGGGUUUUUGUUUGGAGAUCAACUGAAACAUUGUUUAUGUGCUUUUGUGCGUGAAAUUAAUUAAGAGUUUUGGCUAUUUUUUUAUUGUAAAUUAACUGAAAAUCAAAGCAAGCAUACGAAAGGAAAGGAAAACGAAUCAGAACUCCGCAGAAUUGAUUGAAAAAUCAGUUGUCAAAAUUGGAAACAGCAAAUGCUCACCACACACCCCCCAAAAGCAGGUAAACACGAAAAUUGGCGAGGAAAAUAAUCAUCGAGUCACGUAAUUAAAACGAAACGCAAGAAGAGCGCAAAGGAGAAGGCGAACAGCAACAGGCAAAUAUUUGCAUACCAAUUGUAAAGCCCGAGAGAGAGAGAGAGAGACAGAGAGAGACAGAGGGAGCGAAGGAAAGCGCUAACGGGGCUAAUAAUAAACUAAGGCCCAACUACCGCGUUAACGUGGCCAUAACCAUUGCCCGUUACGGCUACAAAUACACUUGCACUCACUGCUGAUAAUAAAACGUAGCGUCGCAAGGCAGAACGAACCAAGCAGUGGAAAGCAGGCCGCGAAGCAUAGUGUGAACAGAAGCAAGCAGUGUAAAGCAUAGUAAGACGAGAGAGCACAGCAGCGGCAGAGACAGCGACAGCGGCAGCGACAACAAAGUUGCUGCUGUUUAUGCAAACGCCGACAGCCAGCAUAAAGGGACGCCGAACAGAAAGAGUGUGAGAGAGAGACGUCGUCGUUGAGACGUUGAUUUACGGCCAGCCUAAGGAACCAGCAGCAGAGGAACAGAGGUACAGUCGACAGUCAGAGCGACAGCCACAGCCACCGCCACAGCAACAGCGACAGAGACAGCAGCAGGAUGCGUGGCCGUCACUUGCGUCGACGCUUCAGCCUGCAGCCGUCCUUCAUGAAGGAUGACAACAACGAGGAUAAGCCGAAGCGUGACAAAGUGGGCAGAACCAAUGCGGUGGACGAUGCCAUCGGACCGGCCAAUGCCCGCCACAAGAUCGUCGUCAUGGGCAGCGCCAAGGUGGGCAAAACGUCGAUAAUCACACAGUUUCUAUACAACACAUUCAGCCCAAAGUACAAGCGGACCAUCGAGGAGAUGCAUCAGGGGAACUUCUCCAUUGCCGGCGUAAGCCUCACCCUGGACAUUCUCGACACGGCUGGCUCCUACGAGUUCCCGGCGAUGCGCGCUCUCUCGAUAUCCUCGGCGGACGCCUUCAUCCUGGUGUACGACGUCACCGACAGCAGCACUUUCGAGGAGGUGCGCGCCAUACGCGACCAGAUCCAUGAGACGAAGGCCACCACAGCGGUGCCCAUUGUGGUUGUGGGCAACAAGAUUGAUCUGCUUGCCGACCCCGAGACAGAGCGUGAAGUGGAGUACGCCACCACAGAGUCGGUGGUGACAGUCGAUUGGGAGAACGGAUUCGUCGAGGCCUCGGCCGCCAGCAACGACAACGUCACGCAGGUGUUCAAGGAGCUGCUGACCCAGGCCAAAAUCACCUACAACCUGAGUCCGGCUCUGCGCCGCCGCCGCCAGUCGCUGCCCCAGCAGAUCGGCAACAAUGGGCCGGGCACACCGCUGCACCAUCAUGGCCAUGGCCAUCAUGGCCACCACCAGGGCGGUGCCGCUGGGGGGUCAGCCUCCGGAUCGGCCUCCACCUCUGCGGCAGCGGCCGCAGCUGCCGCUGGUGGCCACGGCUCGCAUGCCCCAACGCCGGCACAGCUGCAGCACCUGCAGCGCAUCCAGGAGCGCAGCAUGGGCGCCAAGCGCAACUCUUGCACCAUCUCUUAAGCGGUGCACCAACGAGCAGCAUUGAACGAAGGCAAAGUCCAACAAAGAAUACAAUUAUAUAUGUACCAACUGAAGCUAAACUAAACGGUCUCCUACAAACGGUUUUCAAUAUUUCUCCAAAACAAUACACUCAGACUCAGACUCAGACUCAUACUCAGACACAGAGUUGGGUUCGAUUACGAUCAACCACAAGCUCUGAUGAUUGAACCUUUACACAUACAAUACAAUACAACGUAGCCUCGACUCAAACGUACCUUGCCAUCUAUUGCUCUCUUGCUAUUAUCGCUCCAAUUACGUAGUACCUACUGCUAGUACCAGUCACGGAUUUUGGUGGCAACUUUUGCCUCUGGUUUCCCCACUCUCAGCGCGUAAUGCAUGCAUACAAAUAUAUUUACUCGUAAACUCGUAGUCAAUGAAUGUUGUAGAGCAAAAAACAAGCCCUAAACUCCCAAGGUUAAUCCCAAAUAUUAGACCAUGAAAUUAACUUAUUCAAAAGCAGCAAGCAACAAAUAGCCGAUUGUUAGCCGAUCAAAUAUGAUGGCUCGAGGAUGCAGAUCGAAAGCAGAACAACAACAAAACUCAAAAGCAACAAAGGCAAAACUAAUCGUCUCUUUUAUAUGUGUGCGUGUGUCUGUCUCUGUGUACCUUUUAGCCGUGUGCGUGUGUGUGUCUAGUUGCAGCUUCUUCAUUUUUCCACAUGAUGCAGGAGCUGCUAUAUGCUCCACCUACAUAUACAUACAUAUAUAUAAACAUCAUGCU